CUCGCCAAACCACUUUCAAUAACGUGCUUGGAACUUCAUCUCUACUCAGCUCAGCUGUAGAGCAACGAUGUUGGGGCUUUCGCUGACUUCCAGUGGCGACUCUAGCAGGUGUGUGAGCGCGCUGCUGCCAAGAGCAAAAGCGCAGAACACAACAACAACAACAAGAACUAAUUGUGAGCACGCUAGUGAAGGUGAAGGCGGCCAGCGUACCAGCAGCUGAGCAGCGAGCGAAUAACGGUGAGACUGUGGCAGUUACUAAACCGACGUGCUGUUAAUAACAACGCAGCACGCGUGUGGCAACAUCAGUUGGCAAAAUUAUUUAGAAAAAAAUAUAAAUAUUUUUUAUUAGAGUUGAUUACAAAAACAAAACGCAUUCGUUUACUUAUUCGAUAAUCUAGUUUUGGAGUUUUCCGGCGCGCGAUUUCUGUGUUUAAUUGAAUCUAAAUAGAUCUACGAAGAGAAGAGUUAAAAACAGGUCCACACACCAUCAAUAUGAGCGCGGUCGAUGCGGUCUUGAGUUUUAAACGAAGCCCCGACGAGGACUUCUACGGAUUGCUCAACUGUGAUGAAAACUCAUCGGUUGAACAAAUCCAGGCUGAGUACAAAGUUUUGGCUCUUCAGUUCCAUCCAGAUAAGAACGAUGGAGACAAGGAUGCUGAAGCCAAGUUCCAACGGCUAAAGGAGGCAAAGGAGACGCUAUGUGACCCGGAGAAGCGCGCCAACUACGACAAAUGGCGCAACAGUGGCAUCGCAAUGAGCUACAAGAACUGGCUGGGUAUGAAGGAGCACGUUGGACAGGUGAGAAGAUACACAAUUGCCGAGAAAGUGGAUAAGGAGUCCAUGCACUGGGCCACGCCAAAGACCAAAGACCGUAUGCUGCCCGAGGCGGGCGCCGCCACAGGCGCUGGCGGUAGUGGCAGCGGUGGGCUCUCGGCGGCCUCGCCCAAUCCGGCCCAUCGCCGUGCCUCCGAGGGUGGUGCUGCGCUCUACUACGGCAACCGGAAAACCGAAUGGGGCACCGAGAACUCCGAUGUAGCCAACAAGUUUCGCAACUACGAAAUUUAAAUAGACAAUGCAAAAACAAUACCAAAAAUAUUUACAUAAAAAAGAAGUAGAAUACUCGCGCAACGGUCAACAACAACAACUGCAACAACACGGAAUAUGUAAGCGAGAAGAGCGCGAUGAAUACCACAGAACCCACAAUAUCAAAUGGAGUACACCGGAAGUUUUGACCACUGAUAUUUACAAACAACACACACACGCACACUAACUCAUUGAAUUAUAUAUGUGUAUACAUACACACACACACACAUGCAGACACACGUGCCGAGAUUGCAGCAUGCAACCCCGCUCUGCCGGUGGUUAGCACUGAUUUGAAGCCCACAAUUUUGAUGACUUUUAUCAUAUCCAAAAAUUUUCAGAACUUAUCUAAAUGUAUACACUGAAUGUUUUGACAAAAUACAUGUUGUUACUUAUUAUAUAUUCAUUGUAAAGGUUAAGAUAGCAUUCAUAUUAUACGAUACAUAUACAUGCAUAAAUAUAUAAAUGUAUUUGAUUAAAGCGAAUUAAACAAGAAACUAGAAAAAAACACAAAACUAAGAAACUGUAAUUUCAAUAAACGCCUAAAAAUAACACGAAGACGAUGAUUAAGAAAAUGAAAAAAAAUACAAAAGCAAAUAAAAGAAAUUAUGAAAAAUGAAAACUAUUUAAAAUAAGUGUAAACCAAAUAUUAUAAAUCAAAUAUUAAAAUGUAUUAUGAAAGUGAAAAAUAUUUAUAUAAAAAUUUAAGAAAUUAGCAGCAUUAAAUGUAUUUAUUUAUGGAGCAGAAUAAAUUUACGAUGUUGAACAAAACACAUAUUUAUAAACUUAUAUUAACUAAGCUAAGAACUGUGUUGAAGUAAAUAUCUAUUGAUGUUACAUGUGUGCCCCCCAUGACAAUCCCCGUUUUUGAGAACUUUACUAACUGUCAAUGUGAGCAAAGCAAAAGCGAAUGCUAAUAUUUAUAUACACCAAAAAAAUAGCAAGCAGCUUGUCCAACACUCUUACACAUUGCACGAAGACAAAAAACCAGCUGAGACAUGCAAAAAAAAAAAUAUUUCAAAAAUUGCGUAAAACUAAAAUCAAAUCUGAAGCGAAUUUAAAGCAAAAUAAUAAGAAAAGAUUUACAAAAAAAAUUAAAUUUAAGAAACUAGAGAACCGCAAAAAAGCAAAAAAAACAUUACAAAAGAAAACGCAAAAGCUGUUUACUUCCGUUGCCUAACUGUAUUGAUGUUGCGCACAAUGUCAAAUGUCAAAAUGCAAACAAAUCAAAACCUACUCACUUACAUAUUUAAAAAAAAGUACACAUACAAUUUUCAAAAACUAAGAAUUGAAAAAAGUUCAAUUACAAAUCGCAAAAUAGUUAUGCAGACAAAACUGUCGAAAGUUGAGACUCGAAAAGCAGAUCUAGUAAAUCUAGCGCAAAACAACUUAGUGUUUACUUAUGAUAAUCCACGUAAAAUGAACCACCUACCAAAGAAAAGCAAAAAAAUAUAAAAAAAAUAAUAUUUCUUCUUUUUUGAUAUUUUGAAGCGCAAAGUUGCGCCGUAAUUGAAGCACUUAUGACAAAUACAGCAUAUUAAGAAUAUUAGAAAUUCAAAUUUCCAUUAACCACUUGUAUUUUAAAUAUAUAUAUAUAGUAAAAAAUCUUACUAAUAUAACAUAAGAAAUACAUAUUUAUGUAUAAAUGUUGACAUUUGUGUUGUUUGAAUACUUCGGCCUGUGAAAGAAUAGUUAAAACUCACAAGUCCACAUAAUUAAUAAUGAUAAACGAUAAGGUGCAGCAUCGCAGUGACAAAAAAAUUAGAGAACAAGGUAUGAACGUUAUUUUUAGCAAAUAAAACGAUUUUCUUAGCUGUUUACAAAAAUUAAUAAGAAAUAAAACAGGCAAAUAAAUAAAAUGUUUAGUGGAAUUGCCACAAGGUCUUAAUGAAUAGUGAAAUGAACUAACUUUAUUGCUGAACAUUCUGCAGAAAAUACACACAAUAAUUAAAAGAAACACUUAAAACUAA